AAAUCCGCCUUACAGCUGUGCCUCAGGCAGCUCUUCUGGUCUGAUGCAAGACCUUCCCUGCUGGCUGAAGCUCCUUGGCUUCUGCUGCUGAACGGCAGAGUCAUGGCAGAGCUCCUCACUUACGAACCUGAUGUUGAGUUUCCAGCUUGUUGCUGCUUUGGAGUGAACAGAAACCAGGCUGUACUUCAGGCUGAUCUUCAAUCUGAGGCAGAGUACUUUACAAAGGAGGUUGCAUUUGAUCUAUAACAGUAUACCUGAAGUCAACAAUGUUUUCCAAGCUAGCCCAGUCUCAAACCAUUGCUGUUCUCCGUCGUGGUGUUCAUGCUUCAGUGAGUUCUGCUACCUCAGUUGCUACUAAAAAAACCAUCCAAGGACCUCCGUCCUCUGAGUACAUUUUUGAACGUGAGGCUAAAUAUGGUGCCCACAACUAUCACCCACUACCUGUUGCCCUGGAAAGAGGAAAAGGUAUUUAUGUGUGGGAUGUUGAAGGCAGAAAAUACUUCGACUUUCUGAGUGCUUACAGUGCUGUUAAUCAAGGCCACUGUCAUCCAAAAAUUGUGAAUGCUCUGAAAGCUCAGUCUGAAAAACUGACCCUUACAUCUAGAGCAUUCUACAAUGAUGUACUUGGUGAAUAUGAGGAGUUUAUCACCAAAAUGUUCAACUACAACAAAGUUCUUCCAAUGAACACAGGAGUGGAAGCUGGAGAAACUGCCUGUAAACUGGCUCGGAAGUGGGCAUACACUGUGAAAGGAAUUCCAAAAUACAAAGCAAAAAUUAUUUUUGCAGCUGGCAACUUCUGGGGUAGAACGAUGUCUGCUAUCUCUAGUUCCACUGACCCCACCAGUUAUGAUGGCUUUGGACCCUUUAUGCCAGGUUUUGAAGUGAUCCCAUACAAUGACCUACCAGCUCUUGAGCGGGCACUUCAAGAUCCCAAUGCAGCAGCGUUCAUGGUUGAACCAAUUCAAGGUGAAGCAGGUGUGGUUGUUCCUGACAAAGGGUACCUGACGGGAGUGCGAGACCUCUGCACAAAACACAAUGUUCUGUUUGUUGCUGAUGAAAUACAGACUGGUUUAGCUAGAACAGGGAAAAUGCUAGCUGUUGACCAUGAAAACGUGAGACCUGAUCUAAUCCUUCUUGGAAAGGCUCUUUCUGGUGGCCUAUAUCCUGUCUCAGCAGUGCUAUGUGAUGAUGAAGUUAUGUUGACCAUUAAGCCAGGUGAACAUGGAUCUACAUAUGGAGGAAAUCCAUUAGCUUGUCGUGUGGCCAUGGCAGCACUGGAGGUAAUUGAAGAAGAAGACUUGGUUAAAAAUGCAGAAGUAAUGGGUAACAUAUUGAGAAAUGAGCUGAUGAAGGCACCAUCUGAUAUUGUGACUUGUGUGAGAGGAAGAGGACUAUUAAAUGCAAUUGUGAUUCGGGAAACCAAAGACUGUGAUGCCUGGAAAGUGUGUUUGCGGCUUCGUGAUAAUGGACUUCUUGCCAAACCUACGCAUGGUGAUAUCAUUCGGCUGGCACCGCCGCUUGUGAUUAAGGAGGAUGAAAUUGGAGAGUGCAUUGAAAUAAUUCAUAAGACCAUUCUGUCAUUCUAAUUGUAUGGCUUUUCAAGUGUAUCUGCUGACUGUCCCAAGGUGGUGUGCUGAAAUACAUGCUAUGGAGGCCUGCUCUUGAAGCAAGCAUCUUUCUUUCAUCUAAGAGGACUUAACUCUUUAAAAUUUAGCUAUAUCUUUAAAUUAUAUUGGAUCUGAAGAAAAUAAAUCAUGAUUCUAAAGAGCUUCAAAUCUUAAUGUGUGGAAAUGAAGUGAUGAGGUUCUGUUCAUCUAGUUAUAUACCUACUGAAAAUUUGAGUCAGAAUGUUUGAGGAGAGAUAUAUGUAGAAAUUUGUUUAAUUAUUGAAAGUCUUGCCCAAAGUUGAAAGAGUAAUUUAUAUAUGUUUUAAUAAGAGUGGUCAUGCACUCUCAUAGAACUCUCCAGAACUUCAGAUUUGACAUCUUUGCCCCUUGGCAAGAUGUCAUAGGGCAGAAGCACUUGUCAUUAUGGUUGAGUUUCUUGUUCUUAUUUGUAGCUAGGAAAAAACUUGUAACGCUGAAGAUGUGAGAAACUGGAUGUUACGCUGUUGAACUCAAGAAGCAUCAGGUUAUGUUCUGUAUGUAAAAUAUUUUGACUAUGUAACAUGAGUUGCUGUUUUCAAGGCUAUUCUCAGUGCUUGGCUUUGCAAUCUGUAAAAUAGAUCUGAGAGUACAGAUCUGCCUUUACAGCUAUAAAACUUUCUAUAAUCUAGAUACUUACAUUAAAACAUAUGUUGAAUUAAAA